UUAUAGCAGUAUAAUUCGGAAUUUAGUCCAGUAGUUGUCCUAGUAGCUUUUGAAAAAUGUGCUCUCGAUAAAGUGUGUGUCCGAUCUUUCGAUGCAUUAAACAUGAAUCCCGAUUGCCAGGGCAACUGCCCGGCAUGCCACCAAUGGAUGGGCCAGAUGUGUGCCCACUGCAGGGAUCUGGUCGUGAAAACGGUCAACGAUGUCUGGGCCACCUGGUGCGCCGAAGUGGCUCCAUCAUUGUACAAGAAUCUUAUCGAGAUGCCCAUCCUGGACUCGGACAGAAUUUGCGAGCUGCUGCAGCUGGAGGAGGACGUUGAUGAUGAUGAGUUUGACGAGUUGCCACUGCAAUAUGAGGACUUAUCGUGCUGGCAAACGGUGGUCCUGGUGUUAAUUUAUGUUGUUGUUCUUGUGCUUCUGGCUGUGUUGUGUCGCUGUUGGAGAGGCCAACACCAUGUGGAAAUGCAGACCGAUGACACAGAGAUCGUGGAACGGCGGCAGGAUGAAUCGAUAAUAUCGGAACAAUCUCAGAGAGAAUCAUCAAUAUUGGAGCUACCCUCGAUAACGGAAGAGGAGCCAGCUAAAUCGAAGCGAGCAAAGAAAUCGAAAAAAUUGUGCAAAUGCUUAAAAAAGAAAUCGCAACCAACGCCGGAGAAAUCAUCCAAAUAUGAGGCACCAUCCAAAUCAAAGGCAACAGCUGGCCCAAUUGUAUGGGGUGAAUCAACAACUCAAACUGUGGAAGUAUCAGAAAAAACUAUUUCCGGAUCGAGCAAAUCGAGGCGACCAACAGGAUAUCCCAGAGGCGAUGAAGUGCCAAACGACGAGUCUCCACCAUUAUCGGAGAAACCAUCGAAAGCAGCGCAGCCGGUAUCAAUAUUUUAUACCCCAACAAUAUCGGAACCACCGAUGAAGACAACGGAACCGGAAUUUAAGGGCCGAGCAAGAAUCAGUGAUCAAUCACCAACGACGGUGUCCCCAGCACAAUCGGAGCGAAGGAUAGAUACAGAGGAGCCUACGCCACACGUAAGAGUAUCUUAUCAAGAGCCAGACUCGGAGCGACCAUCUAAGUCGGAGCAACCGUCAAAGCCUGGGGAACACGCCGCUUCAGAUAACUUAGAGCCGCCUAAACAGAAAUCCAGCAAAAUCAAAGCCUGGCUAAGAUAUAAAGUUCGUCCGAUCUUUGUGCACAAUCAGGAUGCUCUCCGACGCCAACAGAAUAAGUACAAGGAGAACGAGAGAUUCAAGCAGCUCAACACCGAGAGAAACAUUGACAAAUGGACGAAGGCACGGGAAAAAGUGGAAAGAAAACGGCAAAUUGAAAGAGAGAGCACUGAAAGCAAAGACGAAAAAGUUGGACUAACUUGGGGAAGGUUAAAGAAUGUCAACAUAAUUGCCCAAUAA